CCACUCUAACGUGGGAGAUUUCCUGCAGAUGUCAGAAUGGAGAUGUGGGCGGUGUCUCAUCCAGCAGGUGCAGAGUUACGCGUUUAGUAGCCUACUCUGGCGUAUUUUCUAGUAGGCUACAAUAGUCUCCUGAAGAUUUCUACGUAAUUUUAUAACGUUUUGUCGUUGUUGCAGAGCAGGACAAGGGAAGUAGCCUAAUAAGGAAACCAUUCAACGGCAGUAAAUUGAUUUUACAUCGAAGGAUUUGAACGGUACUGUGAAAUUGCUUUAUAAAGUCCCACUUUUUUAAAAUCUUAAAUCGCUCUGGAUCAGAGCGGAUAAAUACGGCAGAUUUACGGAGUUAAUAGCCUCGACAAGAACCAGAAUAUAAAUCGAAAACAUAUAUAGAAAUAUUCAUUCUAAUAACGCGAUUUCUUUUUGGAAGAAACCCGGUCAAAGUAGGCUAAUACAGGCUAGUACACGGGUGCUCAAUAUUCCUAUUAUUGUAUAAUUGCAUUGCAACUGUAACUGUGUUUCAAAUCAGGAUACGAUGGAACGUUUAAAGUUAGUGCUGCAAUACUUCCAGUCAAACUCCGAGUCCAUUUCCAACGGAAUUUGCGUCAUACUCGCCUUAAUUAGCGUGAAGUUGUACACUAGCUUCGACUUCAACUGCCCUUGCAUUCCGCAAUAUAACAAAAUGUAUGCCCUGGGUGUAAUGUUUGUACCGCCGAUAAUAUUGUUUUUAUUGGGGAUUUUAAUAAAUCGGCACACGGGAGUAAUGCUGGACGAAUGGCUGAGACCAGUCGGGAAGAGGGGAAAAAAUCCAGCUGUUGUCAAGUACCUGUUUUCAGCCAUGAUGCAGAGGGCCAUGCUGGCUCCCAUGGUCUGGAUCCUGGUCACUCUCCUGGACGGGAAGUGCUUCAUCUGCGCCUUCAGCAUGAGCGUGGACCCCAAGUACUUUACGGGCAUACCCAACAACACCGGCAUGGACUUGGUCAAAAUACUGGCCAAGGUGCCAUGCAAGGAGGACAUCAUCUUCAGAAACAACACCUUCCGCAAGGCCGUGUCGCGCUACGUGCGCUGCUACUCGCAGGCCAUCGGCUGGUCUAUCCUCCUCAUCCUCAUUCUCCUGGGGGCCUUGGGCCGAUUCAUCAAGCCCUGCUUCAACCAAGCCAACUUCCUGCAGACGCGCUACUGGAGCAACUACCUGGACAUCGAGCAGAAGCUGUUCGACGAGACCUGCGUCCUGCACGCCCGCGUCUUCGCCCGCAAGUGCGUGGUGCAGUUCUUCGAGGGCAUGCGGGAGGACGUGUGGCUCCGCCUGCCCCGCCCGCCCGUCAGGACCAAGGAGGAAGAGGAGGAGGAGGAGGAGGAGCACGAGCGCCUGCACGGCAUCACCAGGCACGACCAGGUGGACCACAUCCUGAACACCUGGUACGGCUGCAAGCCGGAGCUGGACGUGACCAAGAUCGCGUACCGGCCCAAAGUCUACAUCACGUGGGAGGACAGAGAAGGAAGGGCCGUGUACUCCGACGUGUAGGGGCGCCUCAGGAGAACACACUCAACUGGCUGCCUUAAUCCCACAGACAUGCUGUAUAGCCAUGCCUGUAAUUUCAUUAAUACUAGAAGCCUUGAUUUCUUAAACCUAAUUCUCAUAAUUCUCUUAAUAUUUAAUUGAGACUUCACUCCUGUUUUCUGCUAAAGAAAAAGAGAGAAAUAUGAAAUGCUUGUCUAUAGUCAAAAGCUUUGAAAAUGACAUCAUUAACAUUGUAUGUGUGUGUGUGCGCUCAAAUAUACUUAAUUGAUCUGUGCAUAGAGUGAUAUAGAAACUCUGAGACUAAUACUCGGGACAUGUUACUCUCUGUAUUGCCCUGUGUUCACCUGUGAGCAUUUGAUUUUGACCAGAGAUCAUUUGAAUGCGCUGGGAUGUUGUUUAAACUUAUUUUGCAUGUCUUACUUCGCCUUCCUCAUCUCUGUGGGCAAGGCAGGUUACAGAGAUGUCGUUUUCUCUUGAUUCAUUGCAUUUAUAGUAAAAUAUAUGCCUUUUAUAA